UGGAACGGCUGCUCAAGAAAGAGAAACAUUUGACUCUUAGCUAUGUGGCUUUUUCCAUCAACAACGCCUUGCUGUGGCUUUCUAUCGGCACCCAAAUGUCACCGAUGUGUUAAAGGGUUUUUAAAGCCUUACGCACAAGCAAGCAGACGGAGACGCGCCUCAGAAACCUGUCUUUCAAACGAGAACAUCAGAAGUUUUAUAUCAGAGAACACGGAGGUAGUUGUGGGAGGGAGCCUGACGCCUGAGAUAAAGCUGAGAUUGUUUACUCCCGGCUGCAGGUUCUGGAGAGAACGACCAGAACUCUGGCCUUUCAGCGACCCGUACUGGGCAAUUUAUUGGCCAGGAGGACAGGCGCUGUCAAGGUACAUCCUGGACAACCCUGAUGUUUGUCGGGAUGGAUCCGUGCUGGAUCUGGGCAGCGGCUGCGGAGCCUCGUCCAUCGCUGCUAAGCUCUGUGGUGCUGUCCAUGUGGUGGCCAAUGAUAUCGACCCCGUUGCAGCUGUUGUGACCAAGUUGAAUUGUGAACUGAACAAAGUGGAGCCACCAGAUUGCGUGACAGACGACAUAAUUGGUUCGGAUCCUGCCGGCUUUGACUUGAUCCUCCUGGGCGACAUGUUCUACGACGAAACGCUCUCAGACAGCCUUCAUAAAUGGCUGGAUCGCUGCGUCAAAAGCCACGGCUCCAAAGUCCUGAUUGGGGAUCCUGGGAGAGCCCAGUUUGAGGGACAUGACAUCCGGAAGCUCCUGCAUCAUGUAGCCCAGUUUGAGUUGCCUGAGAGUGUUAGGCAGGAGAACUACGGCCUCACAUCCAGCCAUGUUUGGUGCUAUCAUAGUAAGCUCUGAGUGUUGAAACGGUUUCUGAUUGACUGAAAAAGGUAUUUAUUCGACACUCAUUUGAAUACCUCUACAUUUUUGCAACGGUGUGUCACAAAUGUGAGGAAAAGGGGAAUCAAGAUGUUUAUAAGAAAUCUUGUAAACAUCUUGUGGCAGGAAGUGAGAUCUUUUUGACACUGCAAACUGGAAACAACUCUGAAAUGUUCAUGGAAAAUGGUAAAAUGUAUAGCACUUUAUCAAGUCCAGAGGAUCCCAAAGCACACACUUUCACACACUGAUGGUGGCAAGGACUGUCUGGUCUGACAGAGCCACCACUGGCCCCUCUGACCACCACCAGCAGGCAAUGUGGGUGAAGUGCCUUGCCCAAGGACACAACGACAGAAGCGGAUGGAGCAGGACUCGGACCGGCAACUCACUUAUUGCAAGACGAGCUCCUACCAACUUUGUGUUGAGACAUAAUUAUGCAUGUCAAGUUCAAACAACCUAAAACAUUUUAACACCACGCAAAGAGGAGAAAGACAAGAGAGUUUUAGAUUUACUUGCUGCAAGGAGAACGGACAGAACGGACAAUCUGUCCGUAAUCUCAGUUACGGACAGAUUGUAACUGAGAUUGUGCCUCAGUUACAAUCUCCCACCUGCUCUGAAGCACGUUCCUCCAUACCCUCUCUUUUUAUUUCCGUAGGGGCAGUCCCUAGUUACAUAGCUUAUUCGGUUAUCUUGAGUUACUUACAUAGCGUUGCUACUUCUGGGCUGACGUAGCGCAGAGUACAAAAUUCAGAGUUUAGUUCCUGCUUCCUUCUGUAGCUACAUUCAGGAACUGAUGAACUCACAGAAUAAUGGGAGCUGGUGUGCAACGAAACAACUUCACACAACACAGCAAACAUAAGAUAACAGAGAGAUUAAUAGAUUAAUAGAGAGAUUACAAGUUCGUAAGAACAACAGGAUUUAUACCAAAAGUCAGUAGAAGUUCUGCAGAGCUGUGAUUCUUCCUGUGAGAUGAUGUCUCCUUUUAAAGACCAUAAGAGGCUUCUGCCCGCUCUUACUGGUGCAACCCUUAUGUCCUGCGCACAAACACACACACACCCACACCUACACACACACACAUGCACACCCACCCUACCAAGAGGGGACUUUUGUUUCUAUAUUUCUUUAUAUACAGACACACACACAGUGAGCAGCACUGUCAUGGGGCCUCCCCCCAAAAGUCACGAGAAUGAAUCCUGUGCUGGCGUUUACAUCAUAUCAAUCAACCCCUUAUAGAGACCCAAUUGAGAUGAACAGAAAUACAGAGAGCCAAAUGUGUCACGCAUGAUGACCGGACGUCAUGAGAGUCUUCUUAAUGGCUGGCGCCUGUCCCGCUUCAGGCAGUAUAUCAGAAAGACCUUCUGUUUAAAAACCGGAUGUAGUUACAACAUCCAAAUCUAUUUGAAUAUACUAUAUUGUAUAUUACUAUUGAUUUUCUAACACCGAACCCCUUGUCUCUGCUUCUAUUGGCUAAUUCAAACUCAUAGAGGUCAGAAGGAGUUCACCUUAAACAAUGUAUGUCAUUGAGACAUCCUGAGGGACAUGUUCAAAGUUCAACUCUUUCCCUGUCCAGUAUUCUGCCGGGACACACGCACAAACACGAACGGCUUGGUGAGCAAAACCAGAGUUAAUUACAACAUUCUAUUUAAAUAUACUAUAUUGUAUAUUAUUCUUGAUUAUUUAACACUUAUUGUUUUUUUAUUCUUUAAUUAUAUUACUCAUAAAACUCGGAGCCUGUCUCUGUUUCUAUUGGUUGAAUUGAAAUUACCGGGAAUAUAGUGUAACACGUGUUAAGCAUGCUGAGGUCAUGAGACAUCCUGGGGGGGAUCAUGUGACCGGAUUCAUCAAUAAAUUUGUAAUUGAUUACGUUUCAAAUACAAUCCUAAACAGGUGGGUUUUUAGUCGAGUUUGCAUCCAUAGAAGGAUGGAUGGUUUACAUUGAUCAUUUAUAAGCUUUAGUAAUGGAACAUUCAACAACUGCAGGUAUUUUGUUAGUGAACACUGAAGUGUGUAAGACAAUGGAUGGAGGGAAAGCAUCAUUAGGGCCAAGAAACACAGCAUAUAACUCAGAGACAAAAGUAGUGGAUAAUUUUAAAGGUAAAAAAAACAAUUUCCCAUGUUGGAGCAACUCUUGCAGCUGUUUAGUACCUGUCAGAUAUUCUUCAGAAAUAAAUUUACAGAUGAGGAACUUUUACUGACAUGUUUCACACUAGCAAGUGUUACAGAAAAAAAAUCUGAGUUUCAAAUGUAUUUAAACCAACAUUUACUAUUUUGGAGAAAGCAUGAAGCAGUGGGAAGAUCAGUGUUGAUUCAACAGCAAGAAAAAGACUCAACGUAAGCAUUCACAAUGAUGCGAGGCCAAAUUCUGGUAAGGGAGUGAUGUUAGAGAUUGUCUUUCACUUUAACUGUUGUUAUGUGCUUCAGCACAUUGUAUUUAUUUCUGUCUAUUUUCUUUUCAUUUGGAUCAUUUUGAAGAGAAGUUAGUUGUAUGAUUUUUUUUGUUGUUGUUUAAUAUACUUUGGAGUUUUGAUAAUUCUUUCUUGUAAUUUGGUCCGUUAAUUUGUGACCUGUUGGACCGCCUAUAAAUAGGCUGGGUUGCGCCAGGUAAAGGGCGACGCCCUCCCAACAAACACCCAGGAUGCGUUCUGACGCGGUGCGCACGUCUCCAGCCUGCCACACGGUAGUUUUUGUUAGCUGUUUGUUUAGUUGAUGUUUUUUUGUUGUGAUUUUUGACCUGGUGGGACCGGUUGUCUUGUUUUUGAUUUUUCUUUAGCAGUAGUUUCUUUUUUCUUGUAGUCCGGUACUAGCAGGGGCUUCGACGGCCCUGUAUAGGGUUGGCCCCCUGCUGUACCGUUUUGUUCUUUUUGAUCGGCUCAUCAGGUCCAACUUUCUGUUUAUACUUUGGAAUUUUUGUUUUCUUUUUUUUUUGGGACACGGGGAACCGAGGAUUUAAUUCUCUCUUUUUCUUCACAGAAAAAUCAAAAGAAGCUCAUCUUAAAGAAAAAGGUCGAGAGAGUUGAAAUAAAAAUUACUUUUGAAUCCUCA